AUGAAAAUUUCUACUUUAAGUACAUUAGCGGUUUUACUGGGUAUUGCCAGGGGUGAUGAUGACUUCUUUAGAUUGAAUUUCGGUAUUCAUAGAGGCUCAAAUAAGUUUGAUAUGUCACCUAAUGCCAAACCGAAAUUCGUUAAGCGGAAUGGUUUCCUCAUGGAAAUGACCAAUGAACAAACUUUUUAUUUAACCGAAUUGGAAAUGGGAUCGAAUGGUGAUAAGGUCGGAGUGCUAGUUGAUACUGGAUCGUCAGAUUUGUGGGUUAUGAGUCACGAUGUUGCAUGUUUUGAUGUUUCUGGUAGUAGUUCAAGUAAGAGAAGUUUAUAUCAAAGUGGAUUAUCUGAAACUAUAGGAGGUAUCAGUGUUAGAGACUUGGAAGAAAGAGAAUUGGGUAUUCACGUUGGUAAUAUUAAAGUUGAUUCAUUAAACGAAACUCCAAUGCCAUCUAAAACAAAUGUCAAGGGUAAAGACUUUUCAGGUGAGAUUUUAAGUGCUUUAGGUAUUUCGGCUUCUGAUGCUCCAGUAAUUAAUCCUGACAGUGGUAGUGGUUCAGAUUUCGGUGAUAGUGCCAAUACCUGUACUUCUUACGGGUCUUUCGCUACUGCUAACUCAGACAGUUUCCAAACUAAUUCCUCAGCUUCUAGUUUCCAAAUUCAAUAUGCUGAUGGUACUGAAGCCGAUGGAUUUUGGGCACACGAUGACGUCAAAAUUGGUAACACAACUGUUAAUAGUUUAAGUUUUGCUGUUGUCAAUGAAACUUCUUCCAACGUCGGUGUUUUGGGUAUUGGAUUACCAGGAUUGGAAACCACUUAUUCUUCUGACACCGGAGGUCGUCGUUACCAAUAUGAAAAUUUACCUAUCAAAUUACGUAACCAAGGAGUUAUUCAAAAAGCUGCUUAUAGUUUGUACUUGGGUGAUACCAAUUCUGAAACCGGUACUAUAUUAUUUGGAGCUGUUGAUCACGCCAAAUAUUCAGGAGAUUUAGUUUCUUUGCCUGUUGUUAAUUCAUUAGAGAGUUGGGGUUAUGAAGAUCCUAUUCGUUUAGAAAUCAAUGUCAAUGAUAUCAAAUUAAAUACAUCUGGAUCAUCAACUGAAAGCGUUACAUCUAAUGGAUAUGCUGCUUUAUUAGAUACUGGUUCAACUUUAUCAUAUUUCCCUCAAUCAUUAUUGAUCAAACUUGGGUCCAUGUUAGAUUUAGAUUAUUCUAGUUCCCUUGGUGCUUAUAUCAUUGAUUGUAAUGUCAAAGAUGAUAUUGCAUUAACUUUCGAUUUCAGUGGAGUUUCUAUCAGCGUUCCAUUGAAAGAUUAUGUUUUAUCAGCUUCAAGAUCAACUUGUUAUUUCGGUAUCUUACCUCAAGAUUCCAGUAGUGAUUAUAUCUUAUUAGGAGAUAACUUUUUAAGAAAUGCUUAUGUGGUUUACGAUUUAGAUGACUACACUAUUUCAUUAGCUCAAGUCAAACAUACUGACGACGAAGAUAUUGAACAAAUCAGAUCUUCCAUUCCUGGUGCUAAAACAGCUUCUGGUGCUGCUACCAGUGCAUUCACUGGAGGUUCUGAAUCUACUGCUACUUCAGGAAUUUCUGUUGGUGGUGGAUCAUCAUCCUCAAGUUCUUCAGGAUCAUCAUCAGGUUCUUCAGGAGACUCUGAUGCUGAAUCCGGAGCUUCAUUUAUUUCAAUCUCUCCAAAAAUUUUGUUUAUGACUUUUGGUUUACUUAUGGUUUCAAUGAUCUCAUUAUAA